GUAGUGGGAGAUUCGGAAUUAUGCCUGUGCUGCCUGUGCGCUUGGAAGAGAAAGGAAAGCCCGAAGGAGAGAGGAAAACAUAAUGCGUUGACGCUGUAGUGACUAACCUAUCACGCGCAGUGUAAAAGCCAGCAGAACCAGAUGUGCAGCAGCUUGAUGAGCAGUAGGCAGCAUCAUCAGAUAACAACGAGAGCACGAGGAAUUACGCGUGCUUGUUGCAUUUUGUCAAGUGUAAAAUGCAACUUUGCCACAACGACGUGACGGCUGUCGAGGAUUUUCAUCGAGAUAUUUGUCACUCCUCCAGCUCUCCUGAUUUUUCCUGAGAAGACGACAUAGGAGAGUCAGGGUUUUCCUUGCCUGUCAGAAGUCGUCAGAGGUUAUUACGUUCUAGCAAUAAUCGACGGAGAACAAAGAGCAAAAGCUUUAAAAUGGCCUACUCAAUUAAUACUGAACCUUUAUUGAGAGAAGAAAAAGAUACAGAUUCUGAAGAUGAAAUUGAUACAGAAAUAGAUGAUCCUAAUAUUGUAUAUUCUCAUGAAGAACCAUUCAUCAAACACCAAAUUCCUUAUGACAGGUACAAUUUGGCAUAUAUAGUCUUUUAUUUGUUAGGAAUUAAUACUUUAAUUCCAUGGAAUUUUUUCAUCACAGCAGAUGAUUAUUGGAUGUAUAAAUUUAGAGAAAUUAAUGAAUCUCAUGGUGUAAAUUUUAGUCAUAUAGAAAAUUUAGAAAAAAGAACAGAUCUGCAAGCCAGUUUUACUUCUUAUAUAAGCAUAUCAAGUGCAAUUCCAAAUACAAUUUUUUUAAUAAUCAAUACAUUCAUUAGUAAAAAGAUAUCAUUGAGUACAAGAAUGAUCGGAUCUCAGUGCAUAAUUUUAAUAGUUUUUAUGAUAACAACGUCAUUUGCAAGAGUAAAUACAGAUCAAUAUCAAAAUGCGUUUCUUAUUAUUACAUUGACAAGUGUGGCAAUUGUGAACGCGGCUUGUGCGAUUUUUGGAGGAAGUUUAAUGGGCAUUGUAGCUCGAUUUUCUACAAAAUAUAUUACGGCCAUGUCAGCUGGCCAAGCUCUGGGUGGAAUUUUUACUGCAUUCACUGAGAUUUUAUCUUUAUGGAUCGGUGCUAGCCCUGUGAUCUCAGGACUUCUCUACUUUAUCAUAGGCGAUAUUGUGCUCUUUAUAUCCUUGAUUGCCUAUGUAAUAUUGGAAAGAGAGGUGUUUUUUAAACAUCACGUAGUUAUAAAAACUAGAAAUCCAAAUGAACCAGAGUUUACAAUUAAUGACGAAAUAAAUUUUUCUGGAGAACAUGUUUCUUAUACACGCAUUUUUAAAAGAACAUGGCCGUAUGGUCUUAGCAUGUUCUUAAUAUUUUUUAUAACAAUGACUGUUUAUCCGUCAGUAACAGUUUUAGUAGAAAGCCAAGGAAAAGGAAAAGGACAUUUAUGGAAUGAUGUCUAUUUUGUCCCUGUAGUUACCUAUCUGAUUUUCAGUUGUGCAGAUUAUAUAGGUAGAGUCAUUUCAGGAUAUUUGAUGUGGCCUAGUAAGAAACCAUGGUUAGUGAUGUUAUUAAGUUUUUUAAGAGUACUGUUUAUACCUGCAUUUAUGUUUUGUAAUGCUCAACCGCGCCAUCAUCUACCAGUCUACAUACACGAUGACAUUUACUAUAUUAUACUGACUGUUCUAUUUGCAUUCAGUAAUGGAUAUUUAUGUAAUAUUGUAUUUAUGCUUGCGCCAACAGUUGUUGAUUCAAAAGAAAAAGAAAUAGCAUCUGCCAUGCUAGGUGCUUUUCUAGGGAUUGGAGUUUCUGUUGGUUCGCCUCUAAGUCUUUUAAUGGUUAAAAUUUUAUAAACAUAAUAAUAUUUUUAACAAAUACGUUGAACUGACAGCAUUUAACUGAAUGUUACUUAAGCUAAUUAAAGCAUCUACUAGUAAUUGAUGUUUGCAGAUAUUAUUAAACAAAAAGAGAAUACAAAAAAGAAAGAUAUUAGAAUAUUUAUACAAAACAACGCACAUCUCUAAGAUGGUUAGAUUUUUUUACGAUUGAAGAAUGAAAAAUGGAAUAUUUUAUCAUUGUUUAUUUGCUGUUAUGUUGCUUAAAGUCUUCUAAGCAUCCACUAGAAUUGAUGUUUAUUUAUCUAUGGCGCAGAAAGAGAAUACCAUAGAAAGAUAUUGAACUACCGAUAUAAAAUAACGCACAUUUUUAUAUGCGUUUUUUUACUAUCAAAAAAUGUAAAAUACAAUAAUUUAGUUAUCAAAACACAAAUGUCUGUCUUCUUAGAAAAUGCGCCGCGACCAAACGAUGCAGAAAUUUUGUGUAUAUAAAAUUAUUUUAAAAUAAUUUUUAUUCUGUGUAAAUAGUAAUUUGAUUUUUAUUCAUAAAUUUUCAUGUAAAUAUUAUUUGCGAUUUCUUUAUUACAUUUUUGUGAAAACAAGCUCAACGAGAUGUCUAAUGUAUAUAAUGUAUCGAAUGGAUGUUGAAAUAUAUUAAACAGAUAUUAUUUCAGCAGAAUUGUUUAAAUUAUUCAUAAAUAAAAAAUCAAUUAUUUCCAUAUACAACUUUAAUUCUUGACAAAAUAUUUAUUCAACUUAACGCGUUAUUCAAAUAAAUUCAACAGCCAUUCCUUAAUAGUACAUUACGAUAUGUGUGACUUAAAUGGUUCUCGCAACGCUCGGGUGCUAACUGCGCCGUGUAAAAAAGAACCAUUUAAGUCAAGAGUAUCGUAUAAAAUUUUAUAGCACAGACUACUAAAAUCCGCAAGUCUCGCCUAUUCGUGACUUAACAGCGAAUUUUAGCCACACUGUGCUAUAAAGGUAAUUUUUUUAACGUUGAUGUUACUGUUAAGAAAAUUUGUUACAUGUUGACAUAAAUGCCCAGAAUAACAGAGUAAAUACUUAUAGUGCAGUAUCAAAG